GAGAAUUUGAAUCCUUGCUAACUCAUGAUUUAUGCUGACAACUCCAGGCAAGCAAGGGGGAUGCACUUUUGAUGAUGGUCCAGGUCCCUGUGAUUACCAUCAAGACUUAUAUGAUGACUUCGAUUGGGUGCAUGUCAGUGCACAAGAGCCUCACUAUUUGCCACCUGAGAUGCCUCAAGGAUCAUACAUGAUAGUGGAUUCUUCAGAUCAUGAUUUGGGAGAAAAGACUAGACUCCAGCUUCCUACCAUGAAGGAAAAUGAUACACACUGCAUUGAUUUCAGUUACCUUUUAUAUAGUAAGAAUGGAGCAAACCCUGGAACCUUGAACAUCUUAGUUAGGGUGAACAAGGGACCUCUUGCUAAUCCAAUUUGGAAUGUGACGGGUUCUACUGGAAAAGACUGGCUUAGAGCAGAGCUGGCCGUCAGUACCUUUUGGCCAAAUGAAUAUCAGGUAAUAUUUGAAGCUGAAGUCUCAGAUCAGAGAAGUGGCUACAUUGCCAUUGAUGACAUCCAGGUUCUGAGUUACCCUUGUGACAAAUCUCCACAUUUCUUGAGGCUGGGGGAUGUAGAGGUCAAUGCGGGGCAGAAUGCUACAUUUCAAUGCAUUGCUACGGGGAGAGAUGCAGUGAAUAACAAAUUAUGGCUGCAGGUAUUGGUAUGUUACCACCAUAGAACCUCACCUGAGAUGAUCUUCCCCAGAGAGCUUGCAUUUGACUACUUUCCCCCUCUGAUGUCUUUCUCACCAUGCUGUGGAAAUACACACCCCUUUGAAAAUUCCUGUGCAGGACACUAUCCAAGGAGAAAUGGAGAAGAUAUCCCUGUUGCCCAGACUAAAAAUAUCAAUCACAGAAGAUUUGCUGCUACAUUUAAGUUGCAAGAAGUGACGAAAACUGAUCAGGAUUUAUACCGCUGUGUAACUCAGUCAGAGAGAGGCUCUGGAGUAUCCAAUUUUGCUCAACUUAUUGUUCGAGAACCACCUCGACCAAUAGCACCUCCCCAGUUACUUGGUGUUGGGCCAACAUACUUGCUGAUCCAACUGAAUGCUAAUUCCAUAAUUGGUGAUGGACCUAUUAUUCUGAAAGAAGUGGAAUAUCGAAUGACAUCUGGAACUUGGACAGAAACCCAUGCUGUCAAUGCACCAACUUAUAAGCUAUGGCACUUGGACCCAGAUACUGAAUAUGAGAUUCGUGUUCUCCUCACCAGGCCUGGAGAAGGUGGAACUGGUCAGCCAGGCCCACCACUUAUUACCAGAACCAAAUGUGCAGAGCCCAUGAGAACACCAAAAACACUGAAGAUUGCUGAGAUCCAGGCCAGACACAUUGCAGUGGAUUGGGAAUCUCUGGGUUACAAUAUUACUCGUUGCCACACGUUCAAUGUCACUAUUUGCUACCAUUACUUCCGUGGACACAAUGAGAACAAAGCAGACUGCUUGGAUAUGGACCCCAAAGCACCCCAGCAUGUUGUGGAUCAUCUGCCUCCUUACACAAAUGUCAGCCUCAAAAUGAUCCUAACAAAUCCUGAAGGGAGAAAGGAGAGCGAGGAGACUAUUAUUCAAACAGAUGAAGACGUGCCUGGCUCUAUACCUGCAAAAUCAGUAAAAGGAACCCCCUUUGAAGACAAGAUCUUCCUUAACUGGAAAGAACCUUUGGAUCCAAAUGGCAUCAUCACACAAUAUGAGGUCAGCUAUAGCAGUAUACGGUCAUUUGAUCCUGCAGUUCCAGUGGCAGGACCUCCACAGACUGUUUCAAAGCUGUGGAACAGUACCCACCAUGUAUUUUCACAUCUGCAUCCUGGUACCACCUACCAGUUCUUUAUACGUGCCAGCACAGUCAAAGGGUUUGGGCCGGCAACCACAAUCAACGUAACAACCAACAUCUCAGCUCCCACUUUACCGGACUAUGAAGGAGUUGAUGCAUCUCUCAAUGAAACAGCUACUACUAUAACUGUAUUGUUGAGACCAGCGCAGGCCAAAGGUGCUCCUAUCAGUGCCUACCAGAUUGUUGUUGAGGAGCUGCAUCCACACCGAACAAAGCGAGAAACGGGCACAAUGGAAUGCUACCAAAUCCCUGUCACGUACCAAAGUGCUUUAAGUGGAGGCUCCCCGUACUACUUUGCUGCUGAAUUGCCCCCUGGUAACUUGCCUGAACCAGCCCCUUUCACUGUUGGUGACAACAGAACUUACCAGGGCUUUUGGAACCCACCCCUUGCUCCUCGGAAAGGCUACAAUAUCUAUUUCCAAGCCAUGAGCAGUGUUGAGAAGGAAACUAAAACUCAGUGUGUUCGAAUAGCUACGAAAGCAGCAGCAACAGAGGAACCAGAAGUGAUUCCAGAUCCAGCCAAGCAGACAGACCGAGUGGUGAAAAUAGCAGGAAUAAGUGCUGGAAUUCUGGUAUUCAUCCUCCUCCUCCUAGUUGUCAUACUAAUUGUCAAAAAAAGCAAGCUUGCUAAGAAACGAAAAGAUGCCAUGGGGAACACCAGGCAAGAGAUGACACACAUGGUGAAUGCGAUGGAUAGGAGUUAUGCUGAUCAGAGCACCCUUCAUGCAGAGGAUCCUCUUUCAAUCACGUUCAUGGACUCUCAUAACUUUAGUCCAAGAUCGCCCAAUGAUCCGCUUGUGCCGACUGCUGUGUUAGAUGAGAAUCACAGUGCGACAGCAGAAUCUAGUCGUCUGCUAGAUGUUCCCCGCUACUUAUGUGAAGGAACAGAGUCCCCAUACCAGACUGGACAGCUGCACCCAGCUAUCAGAGUAGCUGAUUUGCUGCAACAUAUUAACCUAAUGAAGACAUCGGACAGUUAUGGUUUUAAAGAGGAAUAUGAGAGUUUCUUUGAGGGGCAGUCAGCUUCUUGGGAUGUUGCUAAAAAAGAUCAAAACAGAACAAAGAACCGAUAUGGAAACAUUAUUGCAUAUGACCACUCCAGAGUGAUUUUGCAACCUGUUGAGGAUGAUCCUUCUUCAGAUUACAUUAAUGCCAACUACAUAGAUGGAUAUCAGAGACCAAGUCACUAUAUUGCAACCCAAGGUCCAGUCCAUGAAACAGUAUAUGAUUUCUGGAGGAUGAUAUGGCAGGAGCAAUCGGCUUGUGUUGUGAUGGUUACAAAUUUAGUUGAAGUUGGGCGGGUCAAGUGCUACAAGUACUGGCCUGAUGACACUGAAGUUUAUGGUGACUUCAAAGUUACUUGCAUAGAAAUGGAACCACUUGCAGAAUACGUAGUCAGGACAUUCACCCUUGAAAGGAGAGGUUACAAUGAAAUCCGUGAAGUUAAGCAGUUCCACUUCACUGGAUGGCCAGAUCAUGGAGUUCCUUACAAUGCUACAGGCCUUCUUUCAUUUAUACGACGAGUCAAAUUAUCUAAUCCUCCUAGUGCUGGGCCUAUUGUUGUACAUUGCAGUGCUGGCGCUGGACGAACAGGCUGUUACAUUGUGAUCGAUAUCAUGUUAGACAUGGCAGAAAGGGAAGGUGUUGUGGAUAUCUACAAUUGUGUCAAAGCAUUACGGUCACGUCGCAUCAAUAUGGUCCAGACAGAGCUCCUUGGGUCAGAGAAUAUGGGCACCAGUAGGUCAGGACAGGAGCAGUACAUUUUUAUUCAUGAUGCCAUUCUAGAAGCCUGCUUGUGUGGAGAAACUGCCAUCCCUGUCUGUGAAUUCAAAGCUGCAUAUUUUGAUAUGAUUAGAAUAGACUCUCAAACAAACUCUUCACAUCUCAAAGAUGAAUUCCAGACUCUGAAUUCUGUGACCCCUCGGCUGCAAGCUGAAGACUGCAGUAUAGCCUGCUUGCCAAGGAAUCAUGACAAGAAUCGCUUCAUGGAUACGCUGCCACCUGACAGAUGUCUGCCUUUCUUAAUUACUAUUGAUGGGGAGAGCAGCAACUAUAUCAAUGCUGCUCUUAUGGACAGCUACAGGCAACCAGCUGCUUUCAUAGUUACACAACAUCCUUUGCCAAACACUGUGAAAGAUUUCUGGAGAUUAGUGUAUGACUAUGGCUGCACCUCUCUUGUGAUGCUGAAUGAAGUUGAUUUAGCACAGGGCUGCCCACAAUAUUGGCCUGAAGAAGGAAUGCUGAGAUAUGGUCCUAUUCAAGUAGAAUGCAUGUCUUGUACAAUGGAUUGUGAUGUGAUAAACAGAAUUUUCAGGAUAUGCAAUCUAACAAGACCCCAGGAAGGCUAUCUGAUGGUGCAGCAGUUCCAAUAUUUGGGAUGGACUUCUCACAGAGAUGUACCAGCUUCCAAACGUUCAUUCUUGAAGCUAAUUCUCCAGGUUGAAAAAUGGCAAGAGGAAUGUGAAGAAGGGGAGGGCCGGAUGAUCAUUCACUGUCUGAACGGUGGUGGUCGAAGUGGGAUGUUCUGUGCCAUAGGCAUAGUUGUUGAAAUGGUCAAAAGGCAAAGUGUGGUUGAUGUUUUCCACGCAGUAAAGACUUUACGGAACAGUAAGCCAAACAUGGUAGAAACCCCGGAGCAAUAUCGUUUCUGCUAUGAUGUCGCUUUGGAGUAUCUUGAAUCAUCUUAGUUGGAACAGAUGCGACAAAGUGCACCAAAUAUAUGAAGCCCAAUAAACUGUUUAAACAACAGUUCUUGAACCUGUGAAGAAAGAUUUUAGUGAGAGGGACUUUUAAAUUUUAAAUGCAAAAGUAUUUUUCUUAUGAAGUUGUGUAUCUUAUUAGAAGAACUCAGUCUGUUUCUAUGCCUGUAUACAGUAUCAACAUUUAGUGCCACAUAAAUAAAUUCAAUGAAAACCAGAGUCAGAAGAGAUUUGCUUAAAUUAUGACUUUUCCGUGUUUGUAUAUGUGGCAGUCUCACUUACAGUAGAGCCACCAUCUGUUGCAUGUAUGAAUAUAUAGUAUUAAUUUUCCCUUUCUUUCUUUUGAUAAAUUGUUAAAGUAAAAUCACAGUGCAGAAUGAUAGUAAAAUUCAUUCUUUAUACGUUUCAAGUGUUGCAAAUAUAUAUAUAAAUGGCUUAUUUUGUUUUAAUGUGCAAUGAUGGCUGGAUCACAAAGUUCUUUAUAGAGAAAUUUAAACAUAAGCCAAAGACUCAAGUGUAAAUAUGUCUAUAUGGAGAAAGCACAUUGUAUUUAUUGUUUACUUGCAUUCCUUUUUUGAUGGCUGGAAAAACAAUCAUUUUUCUUGGAGAAAGCUUUUUUUGCUGAAAUCAAGUGUAAACGAUUUUUGUAGUUUAUUUUUUGUAUGUUUUAGUGUAAGUAGAAGGCAUACUUUUUAUGCAUAGAUCAGGAAACAUUGGUAUAGUGGUUUUGUUGUGUAAAUGCUUGUGAAUUAAAUCCAUGUAAACAACUCUGUUAUAGAAGGUCUUUAAGUACAGGACCAAAAUCAGAACGUUUUGCUGAAGAUGUAUAGUUUUUCACAGUUGCAUUAGUUAAAUACUGAUCAAAUGAAUAUAUAAGGAAACUGCACAUGUGCAAAUGGCCUUUCUUAUAACUUGCACAAUGUUGGAAGUAGUUUUUAAGCACCAUUACAGUUUUAAGGGAACACAUUGUUCACCAAAUCUUGAAGCACAGGUCAAGACAAGAAGGCAGCAAAUAUCCUUUCAGGGUAAGAAAUGUUUGUUUGUAAAAAGUUUAUUUUAAUGUUUACAGACAUGUAAGCUUUGGCCUCAACAAAGCAACAUUAGAAUAAAUCAAUGCCAGAUUCUGGUUAUGGUGUUGGUGUACAAAAUACCCAUGUGUUUUACUUAGUUCUUGAUCCAUAUGUUCAUAAGUCUUGACAUAUUUUGUUAACUGAGUCUAUUCCAGUGUCUAUUGUUUUUUAGAAUUGACAGUAAAUGACAAGGUGCUUAUAAAUACUUAUGUAAAGUACGAAUG